GACGAAGACUAAACUGUCACUGACACAACUGUCUUCUCCCUUUCAUAUCCAUCAAAUAAAACUCGUGGAGUGAGUUAAUUAAUUAAGAAACCACUUACUUAUGGGUUUAAUUUCCCGUAGGGCGUGUGUGUUUAUCUUUGUAUUCGCUCUUGUCGCCGAAUUUGUCUUCGGACAUGUUGAAGUUAAGGACGACAAACACUUGUUUCACAAACCUCGUCCAUUCUUCCACAAGAAGGGUUUUAGAAAGGGUUUGGGAGGCGGAGGCGGUCUAGGUGGUGGGGGAGGUUUAGGUGGCGGUGGCGGCUUGGGCGGAGGAGGCGGUUUAGGUGGAGGUGGCGGUCUAGGAGGUGGUGGUGGUUUGGGCGGAGGUGGUGGUCUAGGAGGCGGUGGCGGUCUGGGUGGAGGAGGUGGUUUAGGUCACGGUGGUGGUCUAGGUGGAGGUGGCGGUCUGGGUGGAGGAGGUGGUCUAGGUCACGGUGGUGGUCUAGGUGGAGGUGGUGGUGUAGGAGGCGGUGGCGGUCUAGGCGGGGGUGGAGGUCUAGGUGGUGGUGGUGGUUUGGGAGGAGGAGCUGGAGGAGGAUACGGUGGUGGUGCUGGAGGAGGACUUGGGGGCGGUGGCGGCGCUGGAGGAGGAGGAGGAUUUGGUGGCGGAGGGGGAUAUGGUGGCGGCGGAGGUUUUGGCGGUGGAGCGGGUGGUGGAGGAGGAUUUGGAGGUGGUUAUGGUGGCGGUGGCCAUCACUGAUGAGUGAUGAGGCUCAUGCUCAUGCAAUCGUACGUUGUUACUAUUUUAUUUAAUGAAACAUGAUAAUUAAUCAUUACAAUAAAAAUGAUACAUUAGCAAUUGUGUAUGUCUUUUCUAUUAAUUUUGAGUUGUAUUGUAAUGCUAUUUUCAUGUUAUGUUUCGGUUGGUUUCAAGUUUCAAGUUUGGUUAAUAAAAUGGUUGCUUUGCUU